GAAUUUUGUAAACUGAAUUGGUGGGGCCCCGGAGUUUCUCGCGCCGGGGGUGAGGUUUUUAUGUUUUUUGAUGAAUGCCAAGUGUACUUAAUCUCCAAUGAUAUUGAAUGAAAAUGCUUGAUUUCGGCUAGUUUCGCAACAUUUUGAUUUGUUCCUCUAUUUUUAUUUCAAGUUUGAGUUUGAGUCAUAAUAACGGGAUCAGGAUAGCAAUUCAGCAUUUCUGAUUUCAGCAGGAAUUCACAGCAUUUCAAUUUCUUAAAAGUUAAAUAGGUUAUUUAGACAAAGAUGGCAACACUGAAGUACGCUGUGGGUCUGGCACCCUCUGACCCAGACAGCCAGCCGGUGAUGGUUCUGGGCCAGAUCCGUCACCUGGCUCGAGUCAGCUGGGACACCAUCAAGGUCAAAUUGGAGCCUCAGGUCUCAGAGGCAGUAUGGCAGCGAGCCGUCUCGGAGCUCUUCCCGUCGCCCACGGACUCUCUGCACCUGUACCUGAACCAGGCCACGCUGGCCGCUCUGCCUGGCAAGUGUUCGCGCCAUAACACACCGUCUCGCGCGCACAGCGUCACACGACUGGUGCGCUCGCUGCUGACUGGCGCCGACCAGACUGUCGUGCUGGUAUGUGAGCGUGCCGACAUGCUGGCCACGGGGUGCGCGGUGGCGCGCGCGCUGCCGCUGUUCACGCGCAAGUCGGGGCCGCAGCCGGAGCCGACCAUCACCGUCGAGGUGUUGGUGGUGGAUGGGGAGCAGGCUUCCGCCGAGGAGGUUCAGCUAAUGCAGGACGCCGCGCGCGGCAUUCGCCUCACUGCCAGGCUGGUUGAUACGCCCGCCAACGAGAUGCACACAGAUGCCUUUGUCGAGGAAGUGAAGAAGGUAGGAGAGGAGCUGGGCGUCUCCCUCACCCUAAUCCGCGGCGAGGACCUCAAGGCGCGGGGGUUCGGCGGUAUCUAUGGAGUCGGUAAGGCUGCCGUACACCCGCCGGCACUAGCAAUUCUCAGUCACACCCCUGCUGGAGCCACUCAGAGUAUCGCCUGGGUCGGCAAGGGCAUCGUGUACGACACGGGCGGCCUCUCAAUGAAGACCAAAACCACCAUGCCCGGUAUGAAGCGGGACCUGGGCGGAGCAGCUGCCAUUCUCGGUGCCUUCCUCGUCACGGUGAAGGCCGGGUUCACACAGAACCUGCACGCUGUGUUCUGUUUGGCCGAGAACGCGGUGGGGCCGAUCGCCACGAAACCGGACGAUAUACACACGCUAUACUCGGGAAGGACGGUAGAGAUUAACAACACAGACGCGGAGGGCAGGCUGGUCCUAGCCGACGGCGUCGCCUAUGCCAACAAAGACCUCAAGUGUACAACGAUUCUGGAUAUGGCCACCCUCACCGGGGCUCAGGGCACCGCCACGGGCAAGUACCACGGCGCGCUACUGACUAACGAGGACACCUGGGAGGUGCUGGGCGCGGCGGCCGGCCGCGCCUCGGGAGACCUGCUCUUCCCUGUGCCGUACACGCCCGAGCUGCACUUCAGCGAGUUUGCGUCCAGCGUGGCCGAUAUGAAAAACUCGGCGGCGGACCGCAGUAACGCGCUGGUCUCGUGCGCCGGCCUCUUCAUCGCUGCCAACCUCGGCUUCGACUUCCCUGGCUCGUGGAUUCAUGUGGACAUGGCCUCGCCCGUCCACUCGGGUGACCGAGCCACCGGCUACGGCGUAGCGCUGCUGUGUGUGCUGUUCGGGGCCCACUCGUCGCACCGCCUACUGCAGGCGGUGGCGCCGCCGCUGCCGCCGCCCGCCGGUCACACGGACGGCACCAACUCCAGCAAGAAGAUGCGCCUCGAACAGAGGCGGCCGUGAGGGCGCCGGGGAGGUGAGAGAGCCUCCGUUCGGGACGUGUGUGCCUGCUGGGGUCGGUGUCGGCCUCCCGGGGAGGGUGACGGACGGGAGGGGGUCGGUUGUGCCUGUCUGUGCCGGGCGGCGCGGAUCCCGCCGCGGCUAGUUUUAUUUACCGUAGUCUCGUCUGGAUGGCAGCCGCGGGCGCUGCGCGCGCCGCUCCUACUCGUCGUGUGAUUAACAGAGCCGUGUUCCUGUACGGGGCGGCGGCCGCCGUCUUCCGCGCACACUGCUGCCGCUGUGAUGCCGCGUCCAGGUCACCCUCGUUUGUACCUCAGUUCAACGUUCGCUCACUCACGUACAAAAGCAGUUAUUAGUCAGGUUUGCCGCGGAGUGACGCGCCGCGCCGCGCACUGUCUCGGCUGCCAGGAGAGCCGGCUCUCGGCUGAGAUAGAAACACCCCGCUGAUUAAAACUGGCCGCGCUGGGGUGAUUAUUUUUUGCUUCAUUCCGUGGGAGACGGCAUGUGACGAGCUCGUGCCGAGAACUGCUGACCCGGAGUUCAGAAGUUCCCCGCACGCAGGACCCAUGCCCCGUGCCCCACACGACCUGGAUCGGAAUACCUCUCGCGUUGUGUUUGUGUUAAUCUCUGCACGAAUUAUUGUUGCUAGUUUCCGGUAAUUGAGAGGCAGUUUUUCGCUCGACUCCGCCUCUCUGACGAAUGAUCAAUGUUUAAUCAGGCUCGUCCGCGCGUGCAGUGCCGCCGCCGCGGGUCAAAUUGUACCGACAGCCCGCCGCAGCUGCCGACCCCGUGUACUCUGCGUGUCGCAAUCAAUACACGUAUAUGGUUAUCGCUAA